AUGGAUAAGUUUCUCAUCAAGUUACCAAAGCCAAAAGAUGGCCAACCAAGUUCUAGCUCUAAUCAACCAUUUGUGAGUUCACAAGUUGCUCCGAAAGUUCAAAGACAUACAAAUUCUUUUCCACUUUCAAAUAUGGAUAAUAUGCUUGAUUUUAAAUCUCUGGAAGCAGAUCCCAAAGAUCGAAUGCCUAUUUCAUCUUAUUGUCCUAAUAUUCGAGAUGUGGUAAGGAGGUAUUACAUUCAAAAAAAGCCAUGUCAACCUGUUGAUCAUAUCUUCCCUAAAACUAAGUUUGGAGAUAAAAUGCGUCAAUUUCAACCAACUUGGUUUAAGAGAAGAUCUCAAUGGUUGGAAUAUAGCAUUAAAGCAGACACAACAUUUUGUUUGUGUUGUUAUUUUUUCAAGAAUGAACUUGAAAGUCGUGAAAAUGCCGGAGAUUCAUUUACAAGAGAUGGUUUUAGGUGUUGGAACAAAGCUUUAGAAAGAUUCAAAAAAUAUGUUGGUAAGGUAAAUAGUAUCCAUCAUAAAUGUUUCAAUAGGAUGCAAGAUUUGAAAAACCAACUACAAUCGAUCCAAACUUCUUUUGACAAGCAAAGUGGAAAGGCAAGAAGUGAUUAUCGGAUGCGUUUAAAUGCCUCAAUUGAUGUAGCAAGAUUUCUCUUGACAUCGGGAUUUCCAUUUCGUGGACAUGAUGAAAGUGAAGGUUCCGAAUAUAAGGGUGCUUUUCUUGAACUUUUGAAAUGGUAUGGGGAUAGAAGUUUUGAUGUGGGAAGAGUAAUAUUAGGUAAUGCUCCACAAAAUGAUAUGAUGAUUUGUCCGACAAUUCAAAAAGAUAUUGUGGAGGCUUGUGCUAAAGAAACAACUAAGGCUAUCAUUGAAGACUUGGACGGUGAUUAUUUUGGAAUAUUAGUUGAUGAAUCGAAGGAUGUUUCUCAUAAGGAGCAAAUGACUCUAAUUUUGAGAUAUGCCAACAAAAGUGAAAUGGUGAUAGAGCGAUUCUUGGGUAUUGUCCACGUAAAUGAUACAUCUUCUCAAUCAUUAAAAAAGGCAAUUUAUUCUUUGCUUUUGGAUCACUCAUUAUGUACAUCCAAAAUACGUGGUCAAGGUUAUGAUGGGGCUAGUAAUAUGCAAGGGGAAAUAAAUGGUCUCAAGUCUUUGAUUUUACAAGAUACGUUAUCUGCAUAUUCUAUUCACUGUUUUGCUCACCAAUUGCAAUUGGCACUUGUAGGUCUUUCCAAAAAGAAUUCGGAUGUGGAUAAUUUUUUCUAUGUUCUCACUAAUAUUUUGAAUACUAUUGGAGCUUCAUUUAAACGCAGAGAUUCACUUCGACAACAUCAAGAAGAUAAGUUGGAAAAGUUGCUUAAAUUUGGAGAAGUUCAUACAGGGCAAGAUUUGCGGCGGAAAAUCUUUUGGAGCAAGAUUCAUGAAUUUGAAUUUGUCUUUAUGUUGCACUUGAUGUUUAAGGUGUUGCUAUUGACGAAUGAGUUGAAUAAAGUUUUACACAAGAAAGAUCAAGAUAUCGUUAAUGCUAUGGGAUUGCUUGACCUUUCAAAGAAACGAUUGCAAAUGAUGAGAGAGGAUGAAUGGGACUCUAUGAUGGAUGAGGUUAGCUUAUUUUGGGACUCAAUUUCCAAAAUGAAUGAAGACUACUCUAAUGGGAAGUCCAAGCGUAAGAGGUCCAAUAUUUCAUAUUUGCAUCACUUUCGUGUGGAAGUAUUUUAUGCCGUCAUUGAUUUGGCACUUCAAGAACUCAAUAAUCGUUUUGAUGUGGUGACUAGUGACUUGCUCCUCGGUAUGGCUAGUUUGAUUCCGGUUGAUUCAUUUGCUAAUUUUUACAAGGAUAGGAUAAUGAAACUAGCCGAGUACUACCCAAGUGAGUUUGGUGAUAAAGAGCUUCGGAAACUCAAUUUUCAACUUGAUGAUUUUAUUGUCUAUGCUCAAAAGUGUGAUAGCAAGUUUCUCAACUUGAAGGGAAUCAAGGAUCUUGCAAAAGUGAUGAUAGAGACAAAACUAGAUCAAACUUGGUCACUUGUGUAUCUACUUGUGAAGCUAACUUUGAUUAUUCCUGUUGCUACCGCAAGCGUGGAAAGAGCAUACUCAUCAAUGAAGUACAUAAAGAAUGAUUUGCGUAAUAGGAUGGAUGAAGAUCUUUUGAAUGGUUUAGUUGCUAUAUAG